GGUCUGGUAAAUAGAUUUGUGCAGCAGAUUUAACGCGUCUGCGAGCGUCACGCUGCUUGUAAACCACGCGUUUGAUUUGGAUUUGCUUGAGGAAUAAAUCUGAUAAGGCAGCAUGCAGCCUAUGAAUAUGUAUAUGGUUCCCAAUCAAGGAAUACCAGGCUUUCCACCAGGAUUAGAAUACCUGACACAGGUGGAUCAACUUCUUAUCAAACAGAAAGUUGAGCUUAUUGAAGCUUUGGCAGGCUUUGAGAGCAAUAAUAAGUAUGAGAUCCGUAACUCCAUGGGUCAGAACGUGUUUUACGCGGUGGAGGAGAACGACUGUCUCACCCGUCAGUGCUGCGGCCCGCUGCGAUCCUUCACCAUCCGCAUCCUCGAUAACUUCGGACAGGAGAUCAUCACAGUCAGCCGUCCUCUCAAAUGCAUGUCCUGCUUCUUCCCUUGUUGUCUGCAAGAGCUGGAGAUCCAGGCUCCUCCAGGGAACACGGUGGGAUAUGUUCUUCAGCAGUGGCACCCUUUCCUCCCCAAGUUCACCAUAGAGAAUGAGCGCCGGGAGCCGGUUCUCAAGCUCCAGGGGCCGUUCUGUGGCUGGAGCUGCCUGCCAGACGUGGACUUCGAGAUUCUGACCAUGGAUGAAGUCAGUAUUGGAAAGAUCAGCAAACAGUGGAGCGGACUUCUCCGGGAGGCGUUCACAGAUUCAGACAACUUUGGGAUCCAGUUCCCCAUGGAUCUGGAUGUGAGAAUGAAGGCGGUGAUGAUCGGAGCCUGCUUUCUCAUUGACUUCAUGUUUUUUGAGACGAAUAACUAGUUGCUACGCAGACGGCGUUUUAACGUGCGGCUUUCUGGAAACGGGUGAAAGAGAAUAUGUUUACCCUUGCACAUCAUACAUCUGUGAAAUCCAGUGGAAUGCAUGUGAAUAUGAAGCCAGCGGUGUAGAAGAACGGUGAUUUUAGAGACUGUGAACUAGCUUGAGCUGUGUGAUAUAGCUGGUUGUACCAUUUAAAGUGUAUUGUUUUAUUUCAAUUUUUAACUUUUUUUUCUCAUCUAUACAUAACAGACUAACAUAUAUGGCAUUAAAAGGAAUAGCUCACAACAAAAUAAUUAAAUAAAUAAAUAAAUCUGCCACUAUUUACUCCAAGCUCAUAUUACGUUCUUUCCUUCAUGGUCUCCCAAUUUCUAACAUGAAAGGAGCAAUUUAAAAGCAUGUCCAGGCCACUGUUUUAUUAUUUUUUUUACCCCCAUAAACUCCAUAGAAUAAGCCAUAUGACAGAAUUUAAAUUGUGAACUCUUCCUUUAAGAGCUGUAAGUACAACUAUGCAUAUUCCAUUUUGCAUUAAUACCUACACUGAAUGAUUAAUAUACACCUUUACAACACAAAGUUAUAUUUUAUUGUGCAAAUAGUAUUUCCAACACUUUUAAUUGUAUUGAUUAAUUCCCCAAAUAUAUAUUUUGCAUGCAAACCGAUAAAGAGCUAAAAGUGGUCCAAAACAGUAAAAAAAAAAAAAAAGAAGUAAUUUGUUUUAAUGUAGUCAUUUAUUUAUUAUGUGAUUUACUUAGCUUAUCUAUUGUUUGUUUAAUUUGUAGUGUUAACAGUAAGCUUAUAAAUAAGAAUUAGUAUUUAUGAACUUUUAUUUAAAAAGUUUUGUAGUACUUUGAUAUUUAAUUACAACAUUUUCAGUGUUUUAGGUUCUUAAGGAAUGGAGCCCUACACAUGAUAUGCAAGAAAAAAAAUUAUAAAUUGUGCGCGCGAUUUACUAAUUAGUUCCUUCGAUGUACUAAAACUUACACACAAUUUACUUAUUCGUUCUAUCAAUUUGCUAAAUUGUGCACACAAUUUACUAAUUCAUUGUCUCAGUUUAUAAAUUUUGCACACAAUUUAAUAAUUUGUUCUCUCAAUUUAUAAAUUGUGUGUACGAUUUUUCAAAUCGGGGGUACGAAUUAGUAAAUUAUGCACACGAUUUAGCCCAAUUCUUUUUUUUUUUCCCUGCAUGCCAUGUGCAGGGCUAAGUAUUUAGGAUAUUAAGUAUUAAAGUCACAUAUUAAAUUGUUUUAUUGUAUUGCAUUUUAUGACAGGUUUGCAGUUUAACAUAUACUGUAUACUGUAUGUGACGCUUCAUGAAUGCCUGUUAUAGUGGAUGUCUGACUAACACAAUGUAUUUCUAGCAGGGCACUGUUCUUUUUUAAUAUUUUGGCAGAUUACUAACUUCAGCAUUUUAUUUAAAUAGUAAUACUAUGUAGUACAAAACAGUUUUAUAAACUACACACAUUUGUCCAAUCAUUGUGUAGCAAAUGUACCAUUAUUUGUGUCACUUUUAGUUAUAAUUCAGCCUGUUUUGAUUGAAUUUGUCUUUAAAGAAAAACAAAUGAAACAGAAGCGACUAAUUUGAGUCUUGCAUAAACCCUACCAAAAUCGUAUUUGUUGGAAAAAAAAAAAAGAAAGAAAGUGGGAUAUUAGGUGGAAACUGAACUUUUCUCUUAAAGCUACAGUCAACAAGUUGGCAAUAAUUCCUCCAGAUGAGAUGUGAAAUUUGGGUGCUAAUGAAAGAGAACAUGGCAGUGCAUCAUUAAAAAAAUGUAUAGGUUUGAGAAGAAAAUAUAUUUAUUUUACCAUUUAGCAGAGUGUGUUCGGUCAAGCUUGGCAUCAACAGCCCAGGCUUUGAUCUGACCUCGGCUUGUGAAGAAUUGAACAUUUUAAAAUGGUAUUAGCGUAAUGGAAACACAUGAGGCUCUGAAGUCUGAUCUGGAAUGCAAUAAAGAGAAUUAUUUA